AUGGCUGGAAUUGGUGUUUCUUUCCCCAGGAAAAUGGCAGGUUCAAGAACUUUCUGGGCUGAUUUAAUUUCAGAAUGGGGCAAUAACCUUAGCGAUCUGUCCCCAGAGGAAUCUAAAAAAGUCCAGACUGCUGUCUGUGCAGGAAACCUCACUGAAGCCAUCACAGUGGUGAAGAAAUCUGAUGAGUUGUUAAAAAAAACAAAGCUCAACGUUGCCAUCACCGGAGAGUGCGGCUCUGGCAAGUCAUCUUUCAUCAACGCCAUCAGAAGCCGAGCUGACGAUGAUGAAGAUGCAGCUGAGACCGACGUGACGGAAUCAGCAAAGAAGUCAACUCCUUAUCCACAUCCCAAGCACCCAAAUGUCACGAUGUGGGACCUGCCUGGGAUUGGGACGCCAAAUUAUUCAGCAAACACAGAUGUGGAGAAGAUGGACCUUGCUUUUUAUGAUUUCUUCAUCAUUAUCACAUCACAACGGUUUCGAGAGUCAGAUGCCAACCUGGCCCAGAAGAUACAGAGGAUGAGGAAGAAGUUUUACUUUGUCCGCUCCAGGGUGGACGAGGACUUGCGUAAUGAAAAAAGAAGAAGAACGGAGGUCAACGAGGAGGAAGUCCUGCAGAGAAUCAGAAACGAUUGCAUCAGGAACCUGCAAGAUGCAGGCUUCCAUUCCCCACAGGUUUUCCUGGUGUCGAGUUGGGACUUUGAGAAGUACGAUGCUCCUGAACUUCAGGAGACCUUUUCAAAUGAACUCAACACUCACAGGAGACAUGUCAUCUUUCGUGAUCUGCUCAGCCAGGCUGAAAAACACUUAAACUGGAAGAAAGAGGCUGUGGAGCAGCAGAUCUGGAAGCAAGCCAUUAAGUCAGGUGCUAUCGCUACUAUUCCGCUCCCGUUUCUAUCUGUUUGGUGGGAUGUUGGCAUCUUGGUGGAUAACAUGACCAAGUUCUGUGAGAGCUUUGGCCUGGACGACGAUUCCAUCAAAGCACUUGAAAAAUCCAUGGGUGAGUCUGGUGAGCUGAAAACUGAGAUACAAUUCCCGCUGGCCAAAGAGAGAUCAAGAGAUGAGGCAUUAAAGCUUCUGGAAGAGGCUACAGGGCUGGUUAUGAUGAUAGCUAAGUAUUUCAUCAGCAUGAUCCCAGGGAUUGGUACUGUGAUAGCAGGAGUGACGUCUUACAGAGUCACGGGCAGAUUGCUACGUACAUUUGUGGCUCGAGUUGCAGAAGAUGCUCAAAGAGUCCUAGAAAUGGCUUUGGAGAGAGCAGCGAUAACAGAUUAA